GUCACAGUAGGAAAGAAAACGCAGUCCUCCCUAUAAAUACCGUUUUCUCUCCCUCGGUCUCAAGCAAUGGCAGCUGUCGAGGGUCAGCUGUUGCAUCUACUUGACCAUGAACAUCCUCCUUCUCCUGGCUUUCCACACUUAUGUAGUUGUCAAUAGUGUAAGCCUGGUGCCAGAGGUGAGCCAGGAGGGUCUGCUGCAGCCAUACUCCACCUAUGCGGAUGUCACACUGUUCCACUUUCACAUUCCUGAUGAGGUGACGAGGGUGACCUGGGAGUUCGCUGCCUUUAUGGACGACCCAGGAUGUCCCAUACGUGAGGUUCACAUACUUGUUCAGCAUGGAAGUUACCCAGUCAUCACCCCCACCAAUUCAACACUACGGGAUUACAUGUACAUCCACAAAGCCUCAGUACAUAAGGUGUUGACAAGAUCAGCAUACCAGCCCCACGAUGCAACAGUCCUGGCGGUGUACAGUCCCUUGCCCGGCAGCUGGUUCACUGCUGCUUACAUCCCAGACUGGAAUGAGCAGAUGCAGCAGGAGGGGAUCAUCCACAAGUGCCGUUACAGUCUGGGUUCCAUUGCCAUGUGGAGUCAGAAGGACAAAGUUAAAACCCUCCACAUCGGUGCCAAGCAGUCUAUACGCACACAUGAGAACCUUUCAUACUACAGAUUUUACAUUCCCUCUCACACCUGGUUCUUGCAAGUCAACAUCUCUAACUGCCGCAUGUUGGAGCGAAUCUAUGACCACAACUCAGGGGAGCGAAUGUUCCGGUGGUGUGUGCGGUCCCUGUUCCUCGAGGCCCGGUCCCUCCCCAUCUACAACCUAGAGUCAGGUGUGGCCAACUUAACAGAAGGUGGUGGAUAUGUAUUUACAGAGACCAGGCCAUAUGCUGAUGCUUAUUACUAUCUCCUGGUGGAUACAGAGGGAGAGACCGGUUUGGACAUUACUAUACAAACUAGAGAGUGUGGCAAUGCAUUCAGAAAAACAAAGCCUCACAUUCGAGAAGUAAAGUCAACUCAGUACACUGAAACUUCAUCCCAACAAGAAGUAGAGUUGAUAAGGACCUCUACACCUAUCAACAUCACUGUCUCAGUCAGUAGUAAUUCCCCACAUGUGCUGUCCCAUGUUCCUGAUGAUGCUGGCCACCAUGGGGAAGCUCAGGACAAAGAACACCAGUGCUUCCCUGUCUUGCCUCUCACUCGCAUUAAGCACGCCAGUGACUUCACGGACACUUUCUUAAUACAAGGUCCUGAAUGGUACAGUACCUGGCUGUCAGUACAGAGGAACCUGCCAGUGUUCACACAUCUCACCCUCCUUCCCUUCACUGAUAUUGGUGGAACACUUAACAUUAAUAUCCUUAUGGAUGAACUACUUAUGAAUGCCACUCACCAGCUAAUAACAGUGAUAGGCUGUGUGAGGAAGGGUCGGCCACCAGAGCUGAAGAACCACACCCUAUUGUGUGAAGGCGACUCCCUCACCCUCAACAUAAGCUCUGCCUCCAGAUCCACCAUCGAGGAUCUUAUCCUCAUUCCAUUCCCUGAGCCAGACAUCUGGUUUCUUGCACUCCAGCUUGUCUGUUACUACAAUGGGUAUGAGUCACCAUGCAUCAUUGAGCAAGCAAUGGUGAGUCUGGACGUGCGCACUCAGCCUUGUGUGUUUGCUGGUGAGAGUCCUUGUGGUCCCCACGGUCUGUGUCAGGAGACUCACCGUGGCAUGUUCUUCUUCACCAGCUGUAUGUGCACUGAGGGGUGGCAGGGAUGGGGGUGUGAGGAUGGGGAUGCAGCACGUGGCUGGAGCACUGUGCUGACUGGAGUGUGUCUGCUGACCCUCAGCAACGUGUUCUUCCUGCCACCCACCAUCAUGGCUCUGCGCCGCUGCCUAUACUCACAGGCACUCCUUUUCAGUGCCACUAUGGUUGCCUCAGUGGUCUACCAUGCAUGUGACAAUGAGGUUAUGUCAUACUGCCUCACCAAGUAUGAGGUGCUCCAGUUCACCGACUUCUUCUUCUCACUGUUGUGCUUUUGGGUGACAGUGGUGGGUCUUGGGGGCAUUGACCAAGUCCUGUGUCCACUGCUACACACUCUAGGGGUGGUAAUCAUCGCUCCGGCCGUCCAGUAUAGUCGUACUGCCCUUGCCUCCUUCACUGUGCCCAUGGCUAUUGCUGCAGCUAUACCUAUCCUUCAUGUUGUGUACCAGCGUUGGAGAAAAGGCUGCUGGCCCUCCCUCCAGGCAGACCAGCUGCUGUAUCGAGGCAUUGGUGUGGCUCUGGCACUCACUGGCCUCAUGCUGUUUGGCCUCCUGCAGACAAAGGAGAACUAUAAGUAUGUGCAUAGCGCCUGGCAUGUGUUCAUCGCACUCUCUCUCGUCUUCCUGCUUCCGUCCCACACCCCGCCCAAGCAGGGCCCCACCACCCUGAGCCCCAUCACUCGACAGCCCAUUUCUCUGCCCAGUGAUGACGCAGAGCUAAUUGACGUUGGAGAAGCGAUGCUAGACUACACUGCAUCAUCGCCUGUCUUCCAUGUUACCUCGGAUGUUGAUUUCUUGUUGACGGAUAGCGAGGAGGAUUAUCAAGGACCAAGUAGUAAUAGUGAGUAGUGUUUGUAGUUCAGCUAUCCAGUCAUCUCUCAUCCCUCAUGUAAGGCAGCCAGCACCAGGCAGCAGGUGUGUGUUCAGGAUGCUGUCCAUUCCUUCUGUUUUUCUGUUACAAACAAACUGCUCUUUAUAAACACAAGUGACCAAUUUUCAGUUACAAGGUAAAUAUUUUUUCCUUUGUGCCAAUUUCUGAAUGAAGACUUAAUUUUUUUGAAUGGGAAUAUUUUUAUCAGAAAAAUAUUAAAUAUUAAAAAAUGCAAAUUUUCUCAGUUUAUUAAAUCUUAAAUGAACUUUCAUAACUGGAUUUAAUGUUUAACUUUUUUCAAAUAUCCAGAUCUUUAACUAGAAUGCUCCUGUAUCACAGUGCAGAUGGCUCUCACUUGGGAGAUGCUAACCUAGUGAGAGAUGCUAGCCAGACUUAUGACAUCUCCCUCCUCUUCCAUUGCACCCCUGCUCCCCACACACACACACA